ACGGUGGGGAAGAGCAGUAAGAUGCUGCAGCACAUCGACUACAGGAUGAGGUGCAUCCUGCAGGACGGACGCAUUUUCAUUGGAACCUUCAAGGCCUUCGACAAACACAUGAACCUGAUCCUGUGUGACUGCGACGAGUUCAGGAAGAUCAAACCCAAGAACUCGAAGCAGCCAGAGCGUGAGGAGAAGAGGGUUCUGGGUCUGGUUCUGCUGAGGGGGGAGAACCUGGUCUCCAUGACGGUGGAAGGCCCACCCCCCAAAGAUACGGGGAUAGCUCGGGUCCCCUUGGCGGGCGUGGCUGGAGGUCCAGGUGUGGGCCGAGCAGCAGGUCGAGGUGUUCCUGCAGGUCCUCCUAUGCCUCAGGCUCCUGCAGGACUAGCAGGGCCAGUCCGAGGAGUAGGUGGUCCUUCACAGCAGGUAAUGACCCCACAGGGCAGAGGGACUGUUGCUGCUGCUGCAGCAGGAGCUAGCAUUGCUGGGGCACCAACCCAGUAUCCCCCAGGACGAGGAGCUCCGCCCCCGAUGGCUCGUGCCGCUCCACCUCCAGGUAUGAUGGGCCCGCCCCCUGGCAUGCGGCCCCCGAUGGGCCCUCCGAUGGGUAUGCCUCCUGGACCGGGUCGUGGCGCCCCGAUGGGAAUGCCUCCCCCCGGCAUGAGGCCACCGCCUCCUGGGAUGAGGGGACCGCCUCCACCAGGAAUGAGACCACCUCCUCGACCCUGAAGCUCCGCCCCUCACUCACCUGUUGUAAAGAUGUUUUUUUUUACUUUGUAAUAAAGCUUGUUUCAGUUUGA